AUGGCCUCGAGCUUCUGGGGCGGCUCCAAAGCUACCCCUCCUCCACCGCCGCCGCCAAUACAUUCCUCCUCGCCCCAAAUAGACGCCAUAACCAUCGUCUCCCUCCUCUUCUUCGUGUCGCUGCUCGGCGCUGCCUACGCUGGCUCCGUCCGUCUACUCCCUCCCGCGGCCGCGAAGAAGACCCGCGUUCUCUUCGUUUGGCACCUCUUUGACGCCCUCAUUCACCUCUUCUUCGAAGGCUCCUUUUUGUGGAAUUGCUUCUUCGUGAGCUACAGCUUGCCGACGAGCUUCAAUGCUGCCGCGAAGAGGCAUCCAAGGAUCAAGUUGUUGACGCCGCCCGAUGUGUACUGGCUUGGACAGGAAGAUAGGAUAUAUGGAGCAAGCUAUGGUGAGGGCAUCUUCUCGAAGCUGUGGCAGGAGUAUGCGAAGGCGGAUAGACGGUGGGGAGGGACCGAUCUGGGUGUCGUGAGUCUGGAGGUGUUGACUGUCUUUGUGGGCGCUCCGUUGGCUUUAUGGAUAUGCGUUCUCCUCCGGCGCGAAGAACGCAAAGGCGCGCUCAAGCGUUGGUUCUGGAUGAUCAUACUCGCAACAGCAGAGCUCUACGGAGGCUGGAUGACUUUCGCGCCGGAGUGGUUUACAGGGAGUCCGAACCUUGAUACGAGCAACUGGAUGUAUCUCUGGCUCUACCUCUUCAUCUUUAACGGCUUGUGGGUCAUUUUCCCGGUCUGGAUCUUGUACGAAGGGUACAGUGCCAUGAGCUCAGCAAUGUCGCACGCGGAGAUGGUAGAUCUCGUCAACUACUUGAACAAGAAAGCUUGA